AUGGCUGCUGCCACUGAGUCCACAAGCUUUGAGGAGGAACAGCUUCCUAGUAAGAGAGAAACUAUGACGUGGAAGCCCAGAAAAGAAUGUUUGCUGGAGAAUAUUCCGAAUGUUCAGAAUGAGUCUGGAGAAAGUGAAUUCUCUGAUAGCUCUCAUGAUGAAGAGGAUGUCAGUAGCUCUUCUGUUGACUGUGUUCAUAUACUUCCUGACCUAGAAGAGUUGGGUGGUGAAGUCUCCAGUAUGCUUGAGGCUGUAACUUUUCAAGAGGUGGAGGACUGGGAUAAAGAAUUGGAGGAGUCUGAAUGUAAUCCUUAUGAUGCUGAUGAUCUCUACUGUGGAAGCUUUCAGGAAAAUAAUCUUUUGGCCUCAUGCUCACAGCAGGAGGAUCUGUUUUACAGCCCAUGCUGUCACCAUGCAGCUCACCUUAAUUUUACACAACCAGUUAGAAUGACUGAAUUUGGGCAGUUUGAUGAUGCUGAUGAAUGA